AUGACAUGUGUGACUAUUCCAUUAGCAUCAUUAUCAUCAAGAAGUGAUGAUAAAUUUUCUCAAUUAAAACUUUUUUCUUCACCACAAAUCAGUUCUAAUCUUACAACAGCAACAUGUACAAAAUUUGAUAUACGAUCUGCAUAUAAUAUGUAUGCACAAUCAAUUGAUGCAUUAAUUGGAAGUCUUUGUUCAAUUUUACAAAUCCAGCCGAUGUUAGUAAUAUAUUUAAAUGAUUAUAUAAAUGAAAAUCAUGCAUCAUCAGCUGCUUAUUUAUUUUUUCUUAAACUUUUUACAUUAUUAGACUAUCCGUUAUUAACAUUUCAUUUUUUUCAUCCAUUUCAUCCUGGAAGUUUUCCUCAAUUACGUUUCUUUCAAUUAGCACCAACUUAUCGAGAAGAAGCUCGAGCAUUAAUAUCCUUAAUGGAAAGAUAUGAUUGGAAUGCAUUCUCAUUAAUUAUUGAUCCACAUUUACCUGGUGAAGAAGAACUUAUAACAGAAUUUGAAGAACAUAGUAGUGAACAACGAAAUUGCAGAAAAAAUUCAUGUAAUCGUAAUCAUCGCAAAGGUCAAAAAAAACUUACAAUUCUUUCAAUUAUUCGUAUGAGAAGUAUUAAUCCAAUACAUAUUAAACAACAAUUAUCGAUGUUAAACCCAGAAACACGUGUAAUAAUUGUUCAUACAACAUCAACGAUUGCAUCAAUUAUUGUCAAACAAGCAAGUAAUAUGAGUCUCACGGGACCAGAAUAUAUGUGGAUUAUGUCAUCAAUUGUUCUAUCUACAUAUAGUAGUGGUAGUGAACCAAAAAUGAAUCCAUAUAAUAAUUUUAAUCGACGAAAAAUGGAUUUUUUUACUGGUACAUUAGCUUUAUAUAGUGAUGUUACUCGAGAUUCUGUUCUUGCUCGUUUUGAUAAAAAUAUUGGACCUAUAAUAGCGAAUGUGUUUUCUAAAAUAACACAUCUAAAUGUAAUACAAGAACAAUAUGUGAAUGCAACAGUAUUUCGACGUUAUUCAUCACGUGAUCGAUUAGUAUGUGCUCGAUUAUUUUCUAAUAAUAGAUCAUUGAAUCAUCAAUCUUCAAAACAUAUAUAUCCUGAUCUUUACAAUUUAUUUAAACAUGAAUUUAAACGAGCUUAUGGAAUAUUUCAACAAGAUGGUUUAGCAGUGGCAGCGAAUUAUUCUGUAUUAAAUUUUCAAACACCAAAUAAAGAAUGGAAAACAGUUGGGAAAUAUGAAAAUAGUACACUCACAAUAGAUGAUAUUCAAUGGCCAGGCGAACGAUCAAAACCACCACCAGGCAAACCUAUUAUCUAUUAUUUGAGAGUAGUAACACUUCAAGAAUAUCCAUUUGUAAUGCUCAAAAAUCCAUUUCCCGAUGGAAAAUGUCAACCUGGUUCAGUUAUUUGUCGAGUUGGACCCGAAAACUCUGGUGCUAAUCAUAGUGAUCAUCUACAAUAUCAAUGUUGUUCAGGAUUUUAUAUUGACAUAUUUAAUAUACUUAAAGAUCGGCUGAAAUUUGAAUUUGAACUUUAUCAAGUUUUGGAUCGAACAUGGGGUGCAAGAAAUCCAUUAACAAAUAAAUGGAAUGGUCUUGUUGCUGAACUUCUUGAAAAUCGAGCAGAUCUUACAUUAACUUCAUUGAAAGUAACGACGGAACGAAAUGCAGCUAUGGAUUUUAGUAUUCCACUUAUGGAAACGGGUAUUGCUGUUAUUGUUUCGUUGAGACCAGGUGCUAUAUCAACAACAGCUUUUUUAAAACCGUAUGAUUAUCGUAUUUGGGUUCUUAUUCUAUUAGUUAGUCUUCAUGGCGUUGCUAUCAUGGUUUUUGUAUUUGAAUAUAUCGAACAAACAUGCACAAAACUUAAUGUAACAUUUUUUCAAUCUGUAUGGCUUAGUUGGGUUAUUCUAUUUCGAGCGCCAGCUAAAGUAAAUAAUCCAAAAAGUUUUACAUCAAAAUUUAUGGCGAAUAUUUGGGCUUGUUUUUGUUUGGCAUUUACAGCUAGUUAUACAGCUAAUUUGGCUGCAUUUAUGAUUACAAAAGAAGAAUACUUUGAUCUGUCGGGUAUUAAUGAUAUUCGACUUGCCAAUCCUCAUUCAAUGAAACCAUCAUUUCGUUUUGGGACUAUUGCUAACGGAAGCACCGAUGAAGUAAUGAAAACAAAUCAUAAAAGAGUAUAUUCAUAUAUGAAACAAUUUUUAAAGAAAAAUAUAUCUGAAGGAAUCAAAGCUGUUAAAGCUGGAGAAUUACAUGCAUUUAUAUAUGAUGCAGUUGUUCUUGAUUAUCUAAGUGGACAAGAUGAUGGAUGUAAAUUACGUGUAGUUGGAAAUUGGUAUGCAAUGUCUGGUUAUGGUAUCGGAUUUCCAAAACAAUCAAAAUUUAAAGAUAUGAUUAAUAGAGAAAUUAUUGAUAUGCAUUAUUCUGGUGAAAUUGAACGUCUUCGACGAUUUUGGUUUACAGGAGCUUGUAAAUCUGGUAUCGAUCAGCAAUCACAACGAAGUAGUCAGCCUCUUGAAACAUUAAAUUUCAUCUCCGCAUUUUUACUACUUUUUGGUGGAACUCUUCUUGCCGCUAUUAUUCUUCUUUGUGAAAAUGCAUAUGCGCGUUUUAUCGCUCGAUCUAAAACUGAAGACAUAGAGAGAGAAAAGAAACAGAAUUGUAUGGAAUAUGAACCAAUGUUAACAUUUGACCAAAAUAUGAAGCCUAAUCGACGUGAGAAAGUGUUAGAACUGCAUAUUGACAAAUUGCACAAACGUAUUCAUGAAUUAGAACAAAAUGCAUCGACAGGAAAUUUUUGGCAAAGGAACGAUGCAAAAACGGCCAAGAUAAGAAAGCCAGAUUUUUUGGUGCUACCAGUAACUUAUAGUCCUGACGAAGAUUACUCACCUAAGCUAGAAAUUGUACCAUAUUCGUCGAUAGAUCAAUACAAUACAUCACUAAUUCAGGUCGAACAACUGAGACAUAAAAUAUUUGAAACAGUUGUUUAA